ACGGGUAUAAACACACAAAGCUCGACAUUUUGACUCGUUAUCGCCUACUGGGUUAUCAUUUCGUGAUUUUCAUAUUCAUUCCAGUGCCACUUUCGGGGACAGGGGAAAACGAAUGGAAACGCGAUUAUUUGGGAUUUAGAAAUAGCAUUGGCCGCCCAAGCGACUUAGUGUGUUUGAGAAGAGGUCUGAAAGCUGAUGUGCGGAAGUGUGCCGAGUCACUAGCAGCGACCCUUGGCAUUCCGACCUCCGAGCAGAAAAUCAAGGCCUAGUACCUUCGACAUAAGCGGUGUACAGUGGUGGAUUUAUUUCAAUUCGAGUGGCCACAGAAUCAGCACUGAACUAAAAUGCUCUCGAUUGUACUAGCUAUUCUCUUAAUGGCUGUCAUUGCUUGCGGCCAAGAUUCCCAGACAAGGGAGAACGACCUGCUGACAUUUUCGUACAAGCUCGAGCAGUACCUGGAUACAAGCAAGCAGCCUUGUCAGGACUUCUACGGCUAUGUCUGUUCGCGCAGUGCCAAUCUCAGCCAGACAGGAAGGGAGAGAUUGCAAAGCUUGCUCAAGGAAGUGGAAGUCGCUCAAUUGAUGGACAUGGAACUCCAGUUGGUUAACUUCUUCAAGUCCUGCGAGAAUGGACGCGGCAUAGAGGCGCUCAAGGCGUCGCAGCUGUUUAGGCUAAGUGGGGGUUGGCCUGUCCUGGAUGCCAAUAAGGUUAACGCCAGUCAGCGGUCAAACCAGGCCCAGAGUUGGACAGCUAUUCUCGGGUACUUUCACGAAGUGGGAGCUCCUUACUUUUUUGAGGCAGUAGUAACCAUACAGUCAAACAAGCGGCUCGUUGUGUUGCAGCCCGAUUCCACGCACCGCAACACUUUAAGAAAGUUUGAGCAAAGAGUAAGCGAGGUCCUGCAGAGCUUUGGAAUCGAACAAAGCCGCGCCCACGUAACUGCCCUUGAAGUUCUCAGCUUGGAGCGCAGUCGUAGGGACAUUGUAAAUGCGGAGCAUAUAAAGGACCAGGUGGAGUUCAGCUACGGCAAUUUUAAGCGCAUUGCUUUUGAAAAUUCCACGUCGGCCAAAGUAGACUGGGAUGGAUACUUUCGGAAACUGUUGGGCGGAAAAACACCCCAGGCUAGUGAUACGAUAGUAGUCAAAGAACUUCCUAGAUUGAUUGAAUACAUCGGGUUGCUCCAAAAUACCAGCAUGAUUCGGUUGCUCAACUGGAUCUGGACGGACUAUUUAAUGGAUAUCGUGGAUGCAGACUGCCAUCAGUUGGCAGAGACUUAUGCAGGCGACGUUUACGCUCAUGUAAAGCAACGGGUCACAGUAAAUCGACCCGAAUUGGCUCAAAUGUACUCUACGCUGGGAAAAGCGUACGUGAACCAGCUGGUCGGCAGUGUGUGGAUUGAUGAGAUCUCACAGCAGAGCUCAAAACAGUUCUUAGGCACCGUCAUGCAUCUAACCCUUAAUGGAGACGAACGCUUGAACGCCGCAUACCACGAGAUCUUGCUUGGCCGUCGGAGCCUUUAUCGCAACCUUGAGAAGCUCCGUAAGUUCCAACGUCUCAAGCAUCCGCCCUCACAAUCCAAUCAACAGGUGCGCCGGUACGGCCAGGUAUUUUCUGCGGUUAGUGCUCUUUUAGGGCAAAGCCACCUGAGUACACCUCUCAACUACCUUCUAUUAGGUGAAUUCUUUUCCCGAAGUCUUGUAGCUGCCGGUAGCAGCUCUCGCACACCGGGCGCGUGGCGAGGCUCAGACUCGGAGUGGCGAUUCAGCAACUUUCAAUCGUGUGUCGCAGUAAAGGAGAGUGCAAACGACGUCCUUCUUGGCCUCCUAUCUCAAAGGCAAGCACUGAGUGAGUACCAGCAGUGGCUAUCUACCCGAAAGACGUUUCACGAGAAAAUGGACGAACUUCUAUCCGCCGGACGAACUAAGAUGACCCUACUGAAACUCUUUUUCGUGGGUAGCCUGCUCGUGGAUUGCCACCCCGAGCUGGACAUCUCUGAGCAAGAUUACAAGCGACAGGUAACGCACGCCAAGCUGCGCAACUCGAAGGAGUUUGGAGAGGCCUUUCAGUGUCGCCCCGGUGAAAGCCUCUAUCUGCAGCACCACCUCUGCAAUCCCUUCUAGUGUCGGACCUUGAUGCGAUUGUGCUAAAAAUCGAUAGAAAGUGCUUGUAACUACUGCAGGUCUCUCUUAGACCAACCCCCAAUCGAUUGAUUUUUUUCCUUCCCACUACACACAUUUGCACCCUACGGCCACGAACCCAACUUAUUUUUCCAGAUAGGUUACGUUACGUAUGAGCGAUUAAGAUACAAAAUAAACGAUUAGAUUUUCGCUUGCAAUAA